AUGGCAGACGUUCACAUUGACGCCAACUUGUUCUACAAGAGGUUAGCAAUCUUGCAGAAAACGCUAGAAGAUGAAUCAAUCCCACAGGGGUUGGUUAUCGUUGGUGCACGUAACGAUGAUAACACAUACAAGAAAUCUACAGUUUUACAAAAUUGGUUGUUGGGUUAUGAAUUUGUCCACACAGCAAUUUACGUGUCACCCACAAGAUGUAUCUUCAUUACAUCGGAAGGAAAGGCAAAAUAUUUGAAAGGGUUGACUAAUAAACCAGAUACUGUUGAACUAUGGACUAGAACCAAAGACCCAGAGAGAAACAAACAGUUGUUUGUCAAUUUGAUUGCUGAUAUGAAGAAAGUUGGUGAAGAAUAUGGAACUGUUUUGAAGGACAAGUAUGAUGGAAAGUUUGUUGAAGAAUGGACUGAUGCAAGUAAGGAUUCUGGGUUCAAGGUUGUUGAUUUAGCAUUAACUUUAUCAAAAGCUAUGGAAAUUAAGGAUUCGGAAGAAUUUGAAAACACUAAAAUUGCUUCGAAUGCUAGCGUUGCUAUGAUGGACACUUUUGUGAAUGACAUGACUGCAAUUGUCGAUGAAGACAAACGAGUUACAAACUCACAAUUGACUGACCAAAUUGAGGACAAAAUCGACAAUAACAAGUGGUACUUGAAGACCAAAUUGGGAAAGAGUUUGUUACAGCCAAUCAAAGGUUUUGACCCGGAAUUCUUGGAGUGGUGUUAUUCGCCAAUCAUUCAAAGCGGAAGUGACUUUGAUUUGAAACCAAGUGCAAUUUCUAAUGAAAAAGUGUUGGUUGGUGAUGGUGUCAUCUUGUCGUCCAUUGGAUUGAGAUAUAAAUCGUACUGUGCCAAUGUUGGAAGAACCUUUUUGAUUGACCCAUCAAAGGAGAUGGAAAGCAAUUAUAAUUUUUUGUUAAAGUUGCAACAAUAUAUUGCCAGUGAGUUGUUGAAAAGUGGUAUCAAGGCAAGUAAAGUAUAUCAAGAUACUUUAGAGUACAUUAAAAAGGAAAGACCAGAUUUGGCUGACAAGUUUACUAAAAACUGUGGUUGGUUAAUCGGAAUUGAGUUUAGAGAUUCGACUUUUAUUUUAAAUGCCAAAUCCGAGAGAGUUUUGACUGAUGGACAGAUUAUCUCGUUAACAAUUGGGUUUCAAAACUUGCCAAAUAAGGACAAGACCUACUCGAUUCUUUUAACUGACACGUAUAAAAUCAGUGUCGAUAAACCAAUCUUGUUGACAAACUACCCAAAAGCGCAGCUGGAGGUAUCGUUCUAUUUCAAUGAUGAAGAUGACGAGAAAAAGGUGAAGCCCGAAAGGAAACCGAUUGAUAACCUCGAUGGAUCACAUAAAACCAGGCAUCAAAAUGUCAAUGAAGAUGACAAGAAUGCUGAAAAGAUUAGACAAGAAACACAAAUGAAGUUGCAUGAAAAGAGAACUGAAGAAGGUUUAGCUAGAUUUUCAAAAGCUGAUGCCACUGAUGCUUCUGAUUACAAGCCCAUUUUCAAAAAAUAUGAAUCAUAUGUACGUGAAUCACAGAUUCCAAAUAGUGUGGCUGAUUUAAAGAUCCACAUUGAUUACAAGAAUCAAACCAUUAUAUUGCCUAUUUCAGGAAGACCGGUGCCGUUCCACAUCAAUGCUUACAAGAGUGGAUCUCAAAAUGAAGAAGGAGACUAUACCUAUCUCAGAUUAAACUUUAAUUCGCCAGGUGCUGGUGGUAAUGUUACUAGACGAGCAGAAUUGCCAUAUGAAGAUUCGCCAGAUAAUACAUUCUUAAGAUCCAUCACCGUUAGAUCUAAAGAUCGUGAUCGGAUGGUUGAUGUUUUCAAAGCCAUCCAAGAUUUGAAAAAGGAUUCAGUUAAACGAGAACAGGAAAAGAAGCAAAUGGCCGAUGUUGUUGCACAAGCAAAUCUUGUUGAAUUGAAAGGAUCAAGAAUGAAGAAAUUGGAGAAUGUAUUUGUGAGGCCAACACCUGAUACCAAGAAAAUUGGUGGUGUUUUGCAAAUUCACGAUAAUGGGUUACGUUACCAAUCGAGUUUCAAAAUGGAUCAAAAGAUUGACAUUUUGUUUUCAAACAUUAAGAAUUUAUUUUUCCAGCCAUGUAAAGAUGAGUUGAUUGUUCUCAUACAUUGUCAUUUGAAAAAUCCAAUAAUGAUUGGUAAAAGGAAAACUUUUGAUGUGCAGUUUUAUCGUGAAGCUAGUGAUAUGGCAUUUGAUGAAACUGGAGGUAGAAAGAGGAAGUAUAGGUAUGGUGAUGAAGAUGAAUUGCAACAAGAGCAAGAAGAAAGGAGAAGGAAAGCAUUGUUGGAUAGAGAAUUUAAGCAAUUUGCUGAACUCAUUGCUGAUAGUUCCAAUGGACUUGUUGACUUGGAUAUUCCAUUUAGAGAAUUGGGAUUCCAAGGUGUUCCUUUUAGGUCCUCGGUAUUGUGUAUCCCUACUAGAGAUUGUCUUGUUCAAUUGAUUGACCCACCAUACCUUGUUGUUGCAUUAGAAGAGGUUGAGAUUGCUCAUUUGGAAAGAGUUCAGUUUGGAUUGAAGAAUUUUGAUUUGGUAUUUGUGUUUAAAGAUUUUGCCAAACCAGUUGUUCAUAUAAACACCAUUCCCAUGGAGUUACUUGAGGACGUAAAGAACUGGUUAACUGAUGUUGAUAUCCCUAUCAGUGAAGGUCAAAUGAAUUUGAAUUGGGCACAAAUUAUGAAAACUGUGCAAGCAGAUCCUUAUCAAUUCUUUUUAGAUGGUGGAUGGUCGUUUUUGACCGGUACUGGAGAAUCAGAUGAGAGUGAAGAUGAAGAACAAGAAAGUGAGUUUGAGGCUAGUGAUGAAGAUCCACAAGAUGAAAGUGAAGAAAGCGAAGAAUAUGGUAGUGAAGAAGAGAGUGAUUUUUCCGGUAGUGGAAGUGGCAGUGAGGCAGAAAGUGAAGAGAGUGGUGAAGACUGGGAUGAAAUGGAGAGAAAAGCAGCCAAGGCUGAUCGUCAAGCAGCAUUUGACUGA